AUGGAUAAUAAUCGACAGAAUAGGAAAAGAACAAAAUCACAUCAUCACAACGGACGUUUCUCCAAUCAUAGAACACCGCAUCACUCAUCAGUCUCGACGUCUAAAUCAUCAACGUAUGUGCCUAAUAACUUCAAUACUUCACCUAUACAACUCCAAUUAAAGACAGAAGAGCUAAAUGGAGAUUCACCAAAGUCAAAAGCUGCUCCAGUUUCAGUUGAUGACGCAAAAGUAAUAUCUUUUUUAUCAAAGUUACAAUCUAAACUAACCCUAUCCUAUUCAAAUGAAUUGACUCACGUUACACUAAUUUUGAGUAAAAUGGAAUCACGACUAUUACAAGAAGAUCAAACGUUAAAACAACUGAUGGUGGAACAUUUCAAAAUAAAGGACUUGGUAUUUACAGAAGGCACGAAUGAAGGAAGUAUUGAUUCACUCGUAACAAUAUAUGGCACUCCAUUUGCCAUGUCGAAAGCUUCCACAUUUUUGAUAUACAAAAUAAAUAGUCAAAUAAACAAUUUAAACCAAGAACCGUUUACUUUAAAAUCAUCGAAUUACAAAAUUCAUUUAUUAGUUGAGAAUGCCAGUCAGGUGUAUAAUAUUAAGUACAUAGAUAAUUUAUCUAUUAGCUAUGGAGAGUCAGGACUUUACAAUAUUUUCAUACAGGGUGAUCUCACAUCUAUUUUCAACUUCAUGUUGCAUUUAACUGAACGGAAAUGGAACGAGGUCAAACUUGAAGAUGUUCCUUUAAACGCCACUUUUGGAAUUCAUUUGGAUUCGGCUUUGAAGAACAUAUCAGAACAGAAUUUAAAAAUUAAACUGAGAAGUGAAUCUAAAUUAUUAAAGUAUUUAUACCCAUCCUCCAAAUUAAAACAGUUAUCAGCAGAAACCUAA